AUGUCUGAAGGUUCUCAACGAUUGCAGAAGUCGGAUGAGGCUGAACUGAGGAGAAAGAAGCAUUUAGAAUGCUGUAACGUGGAAUGGUUGACGCGAAAUACAAGCCCGGCUCAAAAGCGAGACAUAAAAGUGCAAACUGGCGAAAAAGCUCAAACAGAAGCUAAAGAUCCGAAACAGAAGCAAGUCAAGACGCCGGAGAGUAAUCAUGGAGACGGCAGUGCGAGGUCAAAGGAACCGAAGCAGCCAGAAUGGUCCGGGAGACCAACAGACGAUGUCUCGCGAUCAGGAUCGCCCGAGAUCCGAGCUUCGAGCACCAGAGAACCGAGGCGUUAUUCCAGAGAGCGAAGAAACUCUGUUUCAGAGCAAAAGUGUCUCAACGAAAACGGUCACUCGGGGCUUAAUCCGCACGAUCCGAGUCUUUCUAUUCGAAGAACCAAGUCGCUAUCAUUGAAUUCCAAAGGCCACAUAGAAGAAAAUAAGCCUGGGUUUCUGAGGUCGCUGUUUAGUCGCAAGAAGAAGGCGCCUCCAAGAAAAGAAGCAGCUAAACGCAGUAGUGGUUUUUUUGAAAGAUCUAGCCGUCCUGAAGUCCCUAAGCCCCCUAGCACCGCACCAUCAGUAACUCAAGAAGAACCGCUUAAGUCAAGCACUGUGCCUAAUAAUAACGAUAAUAAGACUUUGCUCACGGAUCUUCCAAUGCCUCCAAUAAGCAGAUCUAAAACAGUACCUAUUAGUCCAGAUGAUGAAGAUAUAAAGUUGGAAAACUUCCUUCAACGCUUUAGAAGUGCAACCAUAUCAUCUGGUAAUGCUGUGAGAUCACCACCUAGAUCCAUUCCAGGUAAAUUUUCAAGACCAAAUACUGCUAAGUCGAAAGCUACUUUUUCCAUCGACGAAGACGUGAAUUCAAUCGACGACACUAGUUCACAGCAUCAUUUCGACGCCAAGGGAAGGCCAGUUCCAGCGCAUCCAACAAAAUCAAGUUUUCCGCCGGCAUUGAAGAAGUGCAAUCGCACACCACGCACAGAAAAAUCGAAGCGCACCAGUAUUAGCUCUCCCACAACAACCAACAAAUUUGGUGCAUUUCUCAAAAGAGUGACCUCUCAUACCGAUGAACAAUCCUCGAGGACUUCGCUUAUGGACUCGGAAUCAGAUUCUGAAGAUGAAGAAGGCAGUGGAGGUUUUCAAAAUGGCGCAAAGAUAAACAUUCCAGGCCUAGAGGAUCUAAGGCCGCUUAGGAAAGUUUCGUUUGCUACAAACACGUAUUUUAAUGACCCGCCUCAACAAAUUUGCAGCAAAAAUCCCAGACGGGGUGAGGUCGAGGUCAAGUCUGAUGGAUCGGUCGUUAUUCAUAGGUUAACUCCUGAAGAGAAAAGAGAAAUAUUACAAAGAACAACAGCGGGAAUCGUGGUCGGCGGAUCUGGCCAUUUAAAGCUAUUAAGUAACCCCACCGUUAAUGAAGAUGAUGUUAAACGGAACGAAGAAAGAAAGCCUGAGACUUCACUUUCGAGAAACGAGGAAGCCGAUUCCACUAGCAAUGAAGACUUAAACUGUGUUCAAAACGAUGUAGCAUCGAGUGCCCAAAAGAAUUCUAGUGAUCUGGAAAAAGCAACUGCCAAUAAUGAAGAGGAGGUUUCGGUGAAUAAGGCUGCCUCGGAAGUCAAAAUCGAUAAGCCUAUGAUAAGUAGACGGUCAGCAUGCUCUCUUGAUUCUAAUGUUUCUAUUACUAGCGAAGACAACGAUGAGCCAUACCCACCAACAGACGUCAAGAUUCCUCACGAUGUUGUCUACACGCGUUGCUGUCAUCUGCGUGAAAUUUUGCCAAUUCCCGCUAUGUUGAAGCAACUCAAAAAGGGAUCAACUGACCCUAUCCCUCUGCUGCAACUAAGAAACCCUAAACCAUCUCUGAUCGAAGUCCUUUCAUUCAGUGAUUUUCUCAGUAUUGCACCAGUACUGUGCCUGUCUUUGGAUGGUGUCAAUCUGAGUACUGAAAUGCUGAACGUGAUUAUGUGCGCCCUCACGCACAAGAAGGAGUUCGAGAAGCUUUCCCUCAGAAAUACACCACUAGAUCACGACGGAUGGAGAAUAUUGUGCUAUUUCGUUUCCGGAUGCAAAAGCUUGCGUGCAAUCGAUUUAACAAUGGUUCCGGGCAUUUCCAUCAACGUUCAAAAACCGUCAAAGUCUUCUCAGAAAUCGCGGGUAGUGAGAAUGGAAUGCUCAUUGGAGAAUAGAAAGGAAAUGAACUGGGACUUGCUCACCGCAUCACUCGCUACCAAUAGUGGCCUUGAGGAAAUCAUUCUCUCGGGUGCUACCAUGUCUCUUCCACAAUUCAAGAACUUCAUAGAGCUUGGUUGUAUGCAAACUGAAAGGCUCGGGCUUGCCUAUAAUCAACUCACAGUUGGACAGUGUACCUUACUAGCAGAAUGGCUGGUCCGAUCUAAAGUGACUGGACUCGAUAUGGCAUUUAACGACUUGCGCGGUAAGCUUGGCCGAUUCUCUUCCACUUUAAUCGAAAAAAUGCAGCAUAAUAGCAAUGUGUUCAAAUACCUUUCGCUGAAUUCAACAAAUCUCGAGGUAGCAGAAGACUCAACAUCGAGAAAUAAUGAUGUUUUGAAGUUGAUCAGCAGUUUGUGCUAUUGUGAUAACUUGAAGCUGUUGGAUCUUUCCAAUAAUCCUCAGAUUUUCCCUCAUAUUACGCGACACCUUACAAAUUAUCUACCGGUAUUUGUUAAUCUGAUCAGACUCCAGUUAGACUUCAAUAAUAUACCUCCAACAUCAGUCGUUACUUUGGCUGAGGUUUUACCUAUGUGCCAAAAGCUAAGUUACGUCUCGAUGCGUGGAACAAAACUAGAUUGCGCCGCAGGAUGCGCGCUAGCUGCUGCGAUGCGAAAAAGCUCAUCUCUUUUGACCCUUGAUUUAGAUUUGGAGGGAGUAUCUGAAAAGAUUAGAGACAAACUAUCUCUCUAUGGUAUGAGAAAUCUGGAGACAGCACUUAACAAGGUCAAUGAUGUGGGUUCUACGGGAAUGUCUGACAACUUGUUAUGUUUGCAAAAAGAACUGUCUGAUCUUUUGACUGAGAAGCCAGUCAAGAAAGAGGAUGUGGCAGCAGCGACUCAAAGCUUUGUCGCAAGGCUAACUAAAGCUCGGAGCUUUAUCAACAAAAUGACCGAGGAUCUGUUCAAGUUGCGAGUGGAGGGCAAUUUGACCACAGGUGGCAAGGAGACAUUGAUCAGAUUUUGUUUUAUAGAUGCCACUUUCGAAAGGGGCUUAAGACUCUUGGCACAGCGGUAUGAUAACUCUAUUUCUUUACCCAGCCAUCCUACUGAUGAUUUAGAUUUCGAGGGUAGUGACAUGAAGAGAGUGGGCUCUACUGCAACUCUGUCAUCGAAGAAUUUCUCAGAAAGUGGGCAUUCCGCUCUUCUGCCCUUUCACUACCCGCCAAUUGAAACCCAAGAUCCCGCCGACGACGCUGUGGAGAUUAAGGAAGACGGCCCCGAUACUCUAGGCUCACAUGCUCGAGACCAACUAAAGGAGGAAGGAUCUAUUUUGCGCAAAACGCAUGGUAUUAAAGAACACGUAAAAAAGAACAACGAGAUUUGCAGAUCGCAAAUUGACAGCGAAGGGAAACUUGGAUUUUCCAACGCGGGAGCUACAACAGACUCGUCGCUCGACCCCCACGCCUUGAAAAAAGCCGUUUCCGAGCUUGACAGCGACGAGAUAAAGGACUUUAUUCUUACAAAUGACAUCUCGUCGGUCGCUGAACUGCUAGAAGAAUUGCGGCGCCGCGGCGUGAAUCUAAACGAUAUUUUCAAAAAACGGCAUGAGCAGUGUGCCUCUGGUACUCUCGGAGGGGUUUUAUCCGAUGGCUCAGUCUCCGAUGUUAAGAAAUCCAAAACUGUUACCGGAGUCCAAGCAAAUCUUCAGGACGAAGUGGCUCGAAAAGAAAAAGGCAGUUCGAGUGACUCCGAAACUGAUACAGACAUCAGCAACGAAGGUGAGGCAAUCGAUCGCGUCUACGAUGAAGUACUCGACAACAUUGAGCGCGUCAGAACAAACAGUCACGUAUAA